GCUUCAUUUCAUCUAGUUCCACUUACCUUCUAUUGUCAUAGUUGAGGAUAGCCCUGGUGGCAUUUACUUUACCUUCAUUUAAUAAACCGUUCUCUAGUUCAAUUUCACAAGUCGCCAGGAUGCGCUACUCACUUAUUGCCACUUCCGGCCUCCUCGCCGUUGUUUCCGGUCAUGGUCUUGUGACUUCCAUCCAAGGCGCGAAUGGAGUGGUAAUGCCUGGUCUAUCUGUUGCCGACGGAACCCCGCGUGACUGCAGCAGUAACUCUUGUGGUUCUCAAGCAGACACCUCUAUCAUUAGGGACCGCGAGAUUGCCAGCGGCAAGGCUAGUCCUCUGGGUAGAACCCAGGGCAAUGGACCCGUCGAUGCCGCAACUAUGAUCCAAAACUUCAUGGGUGGUGCAACAGCUCCCACCAACAACGGAUCUGCGGACUCUGUGGGCCAGGAAGAUGACAUUCCGGCGAAUGUAGGCAAGCGAAGCUCAUUCUUCCGUCGUGGCCUUGGAGACUUGCUUUCGGGCCUUACCGGUGGCGGUAAAGCAUCAAGCAAGGGUUCUUCCAGCAAGAGCGCAGGUAACAAGACCUCAGUUGCCCAAGAAACUUCAGUUGCUGCAACCGCCGGCCAGGGUGCCACAUCCGGGCUACCCACGUGCGCGGAUGAUGGAUCCAUUACCAUGACAUUCCGACAGAUCAACCAGGACGGUGCUGGUCCGAUCGAGGCCGCUGUCGACGGAACGUCGGGUGGCACUGACGCUAAUGCUUUCCAAACCGCUGACGUCACUCAAGAUGUCCCCGGCCUCGGCUUCCUCGGGCUGUCUGCCGCUACCAACACCGACUUCCCCUUGACCGUCCAGAUGCCCGCCGGCAUGACCUGCGAUGCUACUGUUGGUGGUGCCUCCAAUGUCUGCAUUGUUCGCGUGAGGAACUCAACUCCUGCCGGGCCGUUCGGGGGCAGCGGAGCUUUUACUCAAUCCACAGCGGCUCGCAAGAGGGCGAUCGCUUACCGCCUGAAGAAGCGUCAGGCUGAGCACAACCGCCGCCUCAGAUAAAUUGGUUCAUGUCAUCGUUUUUAGCGUGGAGUAUAUGAUAUAGGGCAUUGGGAUUUGAAUAGUUGAUGUUUCUUUGGUUCGUUUUUAAUAUGGAAUGGUGAUUCUGUGAAUUUACCAAGGUAUAUAGCCAUGUAUUGUAUCUAUCAGGGGCGGUCAUGUGACAUUACAAGAUCCGAUGACAGUGAUGUCAUCUGUGCCGAUUAUGAUUAUGUAAUGGUCCUCGGCUAUCAAAUGACGUACAUAGUACAGAUCUUGAUUAAUGCAGACUUUAUCCCUAGUACCCUGGCCGCUCAGCCUGCCUGGACCGGUCAGUCAGCACUACUCACGCUGGAGCCUGCGCUGGUUUGGAGUUGAUUAUGGCGCUGUGUCGGUAUUGGCGCGCCAUAUCCUAAGGAAUUGUCGGCAAAUAUGUCGGGCAUGAUUAAAAGUUUCAAGGAAUUCGAAGCUAUCGAGCGAUAUCUAUGGGAGACUUGGUGUUGUAUUUUCUGAAUUAUCUUGGCUCGUCUAAAAGUAGUGAAGGAAAAAAAAAGGAUUAAUUAAUACCAUAGUAAUAAGAUGAUA